AUGAGAAUCGGGUUUCUUGGCCUGGGCCGAAUGGGCACGCCCAUGGCCCUGAAUCUUUGCAAAAAUUAUCCAACAACGGUUUGGAAUCGGACCGCUUCCAAGUAUCCUACAUUGGCCGAUGCCGGGGCCAGGAUUGGCGAUACACCAGCCCAGGUCGCCAAACAGUCUGAUCUCGUCUUCACCAUGCUCUUCGAUGCGCCGGCCAUCCAAUCUAUAUUCGACGACAGCUUCAAGAGAGCCAUCAGGAACAAAACAAUCGUCAAUACCAGCUCAGUACCCGUGGAAUUCAGCCAGAAACUUGAGAGACAAAUUUUGAGCGCUGGGGGAAGCUACAUCGAGAUGCCUGUAAGUGGGAGCAAAGUCCCUGCAGAGCAAGGCAAGCUUGUAGGAAUGAUGGCCGGCGACAAGGCUGUAUGUGAGCGAGUUCGACCGUACGUACAGCCGCUCACUUCUGCUUCAGUCUACUGCGGCCCAAUCGGCUCGGGUCUCAAAAUGAAGUAUGCCAUCAACGCCUACUUGAUUACAGUGACGGCGGGACUCGCAGAGGCCAUGAGCCUCGCACAAGCGCAGGGACUGGACCUCGAUGCCUUCUCCAAGGUCCUAGCCGCCGGUCCUCUGGCAUCUGCAUACUCCAAGCUCAAGGUGGACAAAGUCUUGGCUCAAGACUGGUCCGCACAGGCUGCCAUCGAGGACUGUUACAACAGCACGCAGCUCAUCCAGGCGGCGGCGACAGAGGCAGAAACGAAGUCGCCGCUCGUUCGGCUAUGUGGGGAGCUUUACAGCCAAGCAAGAGCAUCCGGGAUGGCAGAGGAUGACAUGAUUGCCGUGUUCAAGCUGUUGGCUAGGUCGACCACUACCUCUACGUAG